ACACAAGGUCACUUGCCGGAUGCUUAACAUGAUGUGCAGCAGGUACCAUUGACUAUAAAUGCCAAGUUGGUUGCGCCUGGGAAAACAGAAAGAGGGGGACUUAGCUGAUGCCAGACAGACGAUAUCUUCAUUUGCUUGUGGAACUGCAGCACACACUGAGCGGGUUCAUUGUGCCUGGUCGAGUAGCACAAACACUUACUGCAAGCCGACGGACGCAUCGCACUUUCUGCAUUUCAAGAGAAAAUAUCUUUGGCGGAAACGUUAAUGUUGCUUUAACUUUACGAUUACUAGUCUGUAAACUGAACACAGCCCCGCUAUGUUUAAGCUCGGCUGUCUGGUACUCGGCGUCGUGGUUAUGACGUUACAGCGUUCAGAGGCUGCCGUUUGUAGUUACUCGUGCCCCCAGCGCUAUACAACAAAGUGUGGAUUUCUGAACUUGAAACGCUGUACAAGAUACAGGGACGGAACCUGCUAUAGGUGUUGCAGCGGCUGGACUGGAAGUGUCUCAUCAAAUUGCAAUACCCCCAUUUGUUUUGGUGUCACCACUUGCCCCAAUGGCGGGUCUUGCACAAGACCUGACUACUGUGCCCACUGUAAUCGAGGCUACUACUCUCCAAGAUGCAAUCAAUGCUCACCCAUUGCACACUGUGUUGAGGUUUUCUGCAGCAGUUCCUCGAACCAGAAAUGCGACCGAUGUGACGGUGAAUUCGGCUCUGCUGUGGGAUCAGCCUACAGGAAGACUGAUGAUAUGAGGCGAUGCAUUAAGCAGUGUUCCUGGAGGAGUGACAGCAAUGCCUGCUACCCGGGAUCCUGCACAGACUACCGAUGCUCAUGCAAAAGCGGAUUCUCGGGAAGAGACUGCAGAACAAUGAGGCAUUCACCAACCCUCUCAGAGCACCGUGCCACCCUGAUCGUGGGCACGACUACUCUAGAAUCGCCCACAGUCCAGGGGAGCACAGCCACCGUCUACUCUAAUGUACAGAACUUCAGAAACCUCAGGGUCAACUGGGUAAGCUCCUACCAACCUACUGGACUGCCGAGCCCCAGCGCCGGUGGACAUCCCUACAUUGAAAGCGUUGGACUUGGCAUUGUGGGUGCAAGAGUCACAGCUGCUGUGAAUCGGGGUUCAAGCAGCAUUUAUUCAGUAGGCUCCCGGUAUUGUACAACAUCGACAACUGGAAGGUCCUUUAACCGACACAGACCCAAUACAGCCCUGGUGACCUGUGAGGUGACCUUCACUUUAAACCAUAACUCUUGGAACCCAUCAACAGGAGACGUACUGAGGAUUGAUGUGUCUGCAACAAACGGCGGGUACCUGAAGCUUUUCAACAGGGACUUGUCCAAUCGCAUCAACACACGCUACUACAGCGGCCGAACAAGCUCCGCCUACUCAACUUUCACCUUUGACUUUGUGGAGCCCUACCACUGCGUCAGUGCCGCCGGAGGAUGCAGAACAACCAUGCUGAGUGCAGGAAAUGAUGUAACCACACAGGGAGCAAUAACCAUCACAUGGCAAGGCUGGGCCGACGAUUUGGCUGGUAUUAAGGAGUAUGACCUGGUAGUGCGACAGCUAUCCGGUAGCCAUGGCAGCGAGAUGACAGAAAUCUUUGACAGUCCACCAGUAUAUUCUGGAGUGACCAGCUCAUCAGGCCAGAGAAUCACUUUACCCCAUGUUGGUGUGUACUCCGUCAUCCUCUCUGUCGUUGACAACGCCGGCAACUUCAGACUCAGCAGGCGUUUCGUGUUCUAUGACAAUGAUCAAAGUGAUGUCACCAUUCAGACCGAUUCCCCUCUGCGUGUGACCUCAGCAUCUUCAAAUACUGACUACCUGUGGCUGACCAGUCUGAACUCUGGCAGGCCAACCUCGGUAGAUUUAGUCUGGACAAACCGAUUCAUUAACGUGCAUCAUGUAAACCAAGGACUGCUGAAACCAAUUGGAUCCUAUACUGCCGGUCUCAUUGACAGUGAUUAUGACCAGAACUUUGGGCAGCGUGGCCGUGCAGCUAUCCCUCAUGCACUUGGUGUGACAGAGUUUCGCGUCUAUUACGACAUCGACCACAGCGGCGGCAGGACCACUGUCGCAGUAAGCGAUGACAACUCGGACAACUGGAGAAAUGAAGGCACGAGCACGCAGGCGACCUAUGACCUGAGAUUAGUGGACGGCGAUUCUGUUCGGUUCUGGGUGGAGGCUAGGGAUCUGACCGGUCACUCUGUGAGGGAUAGCGUGUUGGUCCAUGCCGACUCGUCCCCACCAAUUAUUGAAGACUUCUGGCUGGUACGGGACGGAGAGGUGAACCUGGCCAUUCAUAACUCGGAAGAUCUGCAUGAGAUGAGUGUUGCGUUUAGGACAUACGACAUUCACAGCGGAGUCAGAAGUAUCCACUGGCGUCUCUGGGACCCCGUUACAGAGACAGAGUAUGAAAGCCAGACAGUUCCAGCCAGGAGAAUCGAUGCGGAUUUGGAUUGUGAUCCCGCCAGCUGUUUGUGCAUCCCAGCAGGGGACUGUUAUGCUGCAGACUACGUUUUUAAUCCAACUUCCGACAUUGGCGCCCACGACACUGAUUACUCCAUCACCCUGACGGUUACCAACCAUGUGGGACUGGUAACAAGCGCGACAAUCCGGGUGACAGUGGACACAUCUGCUCCCCAAGCCGGUGUGGUGUAUGAUGGGAUACUCGGAUCCAAUGAGGUUGACUUUCAGGAAGGCAAUGACCUCUCUGCUCACUGGGAAGGGUUCUUUGACAAGGAAAGUGGCGUCAAGUUUUACCAGUAUCUCUUUGACACAUCUUGCUGGAUGAACGAGACAGCAAUUGGAAGAGUCAGAGCCGAGAUGACAAGAACUACUGCCACUAAGGCGAGUUGGACAGCGCCCUCUCCUGGUCGAUACUAUGUCACCGUCAUCGCGUACAACCGAGCCCUAGAGCCGUCAGAGGCAAUCUGCUCUGACGGCGUUGUGAUCGAUAUGAGCCCUCCUGAGUUGUCUGAGAUCACCAUUGGCUACGCUCGGAUGUGGCCCGGUCUGGCCAAGGAUGCUGAGGGUCGGACGUGGUUUAUUGAUGAGCACCGCAGGAAGACGGAGCUGAUUAAUGCAUCCAGUGGAUGCAGUUCCAAGGCUGCUCUGGUAGAUGAUCUCUCUGCUUAUCCUGAGAUGGUCGGUACCAACGACUCGUCAGCAAUACUCCAUGGAGACCUCGAUUGCUUGUGGAUCCCAGCCGUUCAGGAGAAGUUUUUCCUUCCCACUGACAGACACGUGAAUGUUUCCUGGAUGGGAGAGGAUCCCGAGAGCUCCAUCUACGACUACCAGAUUGGGUACACCUUAGAUCACAGGCCUGACUUCGUAGCCAGCAUCUCAACGUCAGGUCACGACCACUUUCUGAUGUACCAUCCCGAUAUCAGCCACGGGUCUGUUGUACGUCUGAUUCUGACGGCAGUGAACAAGGCCCAGCUAUCAACGACCAAGGUGAUUGGUCCAAUCGUAGUGGACACCGCUCCACCCCUGUUUGUUGGGCGUGUCUCAGUCCGUUCAGAGGGGGACUACCUGAUUGCUGAGUGGGCAGAUAAUGCCUUCACUGAUGAGGAGGAUACGAGUCUGAGAUAUCAAGUUGCUAUCGGUAGCAGCCCAGGUGGCACAGAGACCCUUGCUUACAAGACGGAAAAAUACUACAGAAUUGGUCCGUGUUCAUCCCACACAUCCUGUGCUGCAUUCGCAUUGGAUGACUUAGACUGGCAUCUCCAUGGUGACCAUGAAUAUUACGUGUCUGUCAGAGCACAGAAUGGUGCUGGAUUGACAACAGUGGGGAUCUCAUCUGUUUAUAGACACAUCGUGCAGUUGCCAUCCCUGGGCGUUGUAUUGGACGUUGCUCCGCCAGGAGAAGAAGCGGCUGUGGACUUUGAGGUUGCCCAAGACGUAGACAUGCAGACGGACACCACUAGCAUCUCAGCUCGGUGGUAUGGCUUUGAGCAUCCCCAUCUUGAUAUCAGCUACGAGAUUGCCGUCGGAUCAGAAGGUGGCGACUCAGAUAUCAGUGGUGGUUACAUCGAUGUUGGCAAUGUAACCUCCUAUCAUCUGGAUGGCCUGAACCUUACUCCGCUCAUGACCUAUUACGUGACCGUCCGCGCCAUUUCUGAAGCUGGCAGUGUCUCCGUUACCUCAGAUGGUGUCAAAGUCAUUCAAGAGGGUCAGAUAUUGGAGGGAGCUACGAUCAAAGAUGGACUUGGCUGUGAUGAAGAUGGAACUUCUGUUCCUCCAGGCGUGUUUGAUCAACUCUGUCAGGAUGACAUCGCCUACCAGUCCUCUACCUCAGACAUCUCAGCUCGUUGGACCAUUCCUAAGAUGCUGCAGCCCUUUGUGACCAACAUCCGCUGGGCGGUGGAACAAGAGAUUGAGGCUAACUUGGGUUAUGAGAACCAAACAGUUGUGUGGACCACUUUGCUUGAUAAUGAAGAUCUGGGCAUGGCAUUCCAACAUGUUGGGGCAGGUGUAGGGUUGGUCAGCGGAGCUCACUACAGAUCAAAGGUUCAGUUUUGCCAUGUUAGCAUUUGCUUCCAGCCUAUCAUGACUGAUGGAUUCUGGGUACUGUCCCAACCUCCUGAGGUCGGUCAGGUCACAGUAAGCAACAUUGAGUCGACACAAGGCAGAACAGAGAUCAACGUGGCCUUCCAGCCUUUUGCACAUGAUUACGUCCUUCAUCACAACCCUCAGGAACUGAUGGAUUUCUAUGAGUGGAGCAUUGCCGAGGACGGCACUGACGGAGCCCUUCUAACUCACUGGACAAGAAUCCAGGAUUUGGUGAUCGUCCAAGAAAUGGCCCGCUUCACGGCAUUCUACGGUGGACAGUUAGACCUGGAUGUCUGUCUUCGGCUAUCAGUCAGAGGCUACAACAAAGCCGGCCUAUCCUCCAUCGCUAGCACAGAGAUUGUUGACUGUGACAAUGCGACGCUCGUCGUGCCCCAUGUUGUCAUUGAUGCAGAUCAUGAAGUUUACCUUGAGCCGAAUGCAGUGUGGCCGGAACCAGACAAGAACUACAUCUCGUCUACAUCCUCCUUAUCAGCUGUCUGGCCCACGCUGCGCCACAGGGCCUACUUCUGGGCAGCCAUUGAGGACACCGGAUCAACAGACUUCGGAGAUUUGGACUUGGGUUUGGAGUAUCCAUGCAAUCACUCAAGGGUUAUGGCCUGUGGGGAGACAGAUCAAGAGUUCGUCAAUAUUCUUGACUUAUCCCUGGAGCAUGGGAAGCGUUAUCGUAUUUGCAUCCACGCUGAUGAAGUUACAGUGCAGCAUGAGCUCUGGAAUGAACCAUUACCUGCUGUGUCAAGCUGCAGUGAUGGUGUUGUCGUAGAUACGACCCCACCGACCCCUGGCUCUGUAUGGAUCGGUUGGAACCAGCAUCAAACCAGUCAAAGUUCUAGCUCAGAGUUGGUGCUGCACUGGGAGUCAUUCACUGACAUUGAGGAACACGGUUUCGCCCGUCAUCACUCGGGAAUCAAAUACUAUGAAUAUGCCAUUGGCUCAAUGCCAGGUGGCAGCGACGUAAAAGGAUUCACUCGAGUUGGAAUCACCAACAAGGUUAUCGCACACAAGCUGAGGUUACAGAAUGGACACAAGUACUAUGCCACAGUGAGAGCAACUGACUUUGUCGGCCUGUCUUCCCAAGCGAUGUCAGAUUCAAUAGUCAUUGACACGUCUCCUCCUGUUGUCAAUGAGGAUCACACGUUGGACAUUGGUGGCAGCUUCAUCCGGUCGACAACUUCCAUCUCGGCGAGUUGGAAGAAUGUGUUCUCAGACAGGGAGAGUGGUGUUGCAUACUACGAGUGGGCUGUGGGGUCACACCGAGGCCGUGCAGACAUCAUGCCUUUCACGAGAGUGGAUAAUGAGACGGGUGUCAGUGAUCCUUCACGGCGUUUACCUUUUCAAGAUGGUCACUCGUAUUUUAUCUCUGUGAAGGCCAUCAAUACUGUGGGCUUGAUCACACUGAGGAGUUACGGAGCUUUCACGGUCGAUGCCAGCCCUCCAGUUGCCGGCCACGUCUUUGACGGAGAUCUGGGGCGAGCGCCGGCCAAUCAUAGAGACCGAGACUUCCAGCGAGACUGCACCGAGUUGAGAGCAUUCUGGGAAGGUUUCCAUGACCCGCAUAGUUCCAUCAUCGGCUAUUUCUGGAGAGCUGGGACGUGUCCAGGGUGUAGCGAUGUCGUGCUUGAACAGUAUGUGGGUUUGAACACAGAUGUGGUUGCUGAAAAUCUAAACCUGGUGCCUGGAUUGACCUACUAUGUAACAGCGACGGCCUGUAAUGCAGCUGACCUUUGUACGUCAGUGACCUCCGAUGGAGUCAUGGUAGAUGUCUCGCCUCCAGUGCCUGGGAAGGUGUAUGAUGGUGGACCAGGGGAUGGUGACAUCAGCUACCAGUCAUCAAGGUUCCAGUUGCGUGCCCAUUGGUGGGGCUUCCGUGACCCUCACUCUGGCCUCUCCCACUACGAAUGGCGUGCUGGCACUACACCAGGAGCUGAGGACAUUCUCCCCUCUUCACGCAUUGAGCUGUCGGAGGAUGCUCUGAUAUUCCUGCCAGUGUCAGACCAGCUGCCCACAUGCGCUGACAUCUACAUCACCGUACGCGCCUAUAACCGGCUCGGCAUGUGGAGUGAGGCUACAUCUAAUGGGUUCCGUCUGGACUCUAGCCCCCCUGACGUGGUGGAUGCGCCUGCUGUUGAUAAAUCGCAGGGGAUGGUCGUCCAAAACACCCAGGUUUUACGCGAUCUCAUCCACUUUUCCUGGAAGUUCAUUGACCCUGAGAGCGGUAUCAGAGACCAGUACAUAUCACUCAGGACACACCGCAAUGGAGACGUCAGUAUAACUCCAAUCAAGAUUGCAGGGAGUGAAGUGGACCACACUUUCACCAAUUUGACAUUGCACGAUGGAAGUCGUUACAUCAUAACCGUGGUUGCUUGCAAUGCUGCUGGCCUCUGUACGGAGGCCAAGAUGGAACCCCUUUUGGUCGAUAGUAGCCCACCUUCCGUUGGGGCGUUUGCCGUGGAUACAGAGAGUGCCGCCAACUUGAAUCGUCAUCGCAUCGUCUGGAUUGAUCCACAAGAGGUAGACCAAGGUAGUUCCUCACCUCCUGCUCGUCAGCACUCUGGCUGGAUGACGUGGCUGGAAGACACCAGCACCUCCACUGGUUCCUUAGCCCUGGCCUGGCUUGGAUUUGCCGAUGUGCACUCUGGUAUCAGCCACUACUUGGUCUCCGUCGGACGCACCUACGGCGGCUCGGAACUCACUCAGAAUGGACCAGUCCGUGUAGACCACAGCAACGAUGGCAUGUCAUUGGACGAGGGCAUUGCGCAGACAGCCAUCAUACCUCUAGAGGGCAGCAUUACAGACCUGUCUCCUCCCUAUCUGUACAUCUCCAUAUGGGCUGUUAACAGGGUUGGGUUACAAAGCAUCCGCCAUCACUCAACAUUCGAGACCUCUCCCACUUCAGCCGACGAGGGCUCCCUUGUCCUGCUGCGAAGCUCCUCGGCAACGACCCGCAAGGGCCGCUGCGCAUGCGCACCUAUUGGCGAAAGAUGUGCAGCAGGCCAGAGUUGCAAUGACAUAACUGAAAGUAAUCCCAACACCGAGAUAGAAGUUCUGGACGUACUGGAUCUGAUGCAUGACGAUGUCAGCACCGCGACAGACGUCGAUGAAACCGCUACUCAGUUCAUGGCAGCUGCAGUCUGGCGAGUCACUGAACAGAAAGGAUUAGGUAUCACAUGGUUUGAGUGGAGCAUCGGUGAUGACUCCUCAUCGGAUCCAUCUGGAGUCUUUGAUGCAGGCAGGGACAGAGUAUGGUUUGACGUGGGACAGGAUAACCAAGUCAUUAUCACACUAGACGAAGACCACAAGCUGCAGAAGGGAGUCAAGUAUCACGUGUUUGUCCGGGCCUGGUAUGAUGCUAACACCUACGCUUUGUUCAGGUCAGAUGGCGUCAUCCCUGUUGUCACACCACCCAGCAUUUCAACAGCCAGAGGCGCAAAGAUUAAAGAUCUUGCAACCUGCAAUGCAACCGAAGACGCGGAUCACUUGACAAAUCCUGACAUAAUUUGUAUUUCCUGGGAGGGUGUGUUUCUCGACGAUGCAAUGUCCCACUACCAGGUGUCGCUCAGUACCUUUCCAGGAGGGGAAGAUAUUCGUCAGUUUGCCGACCACACCUUCUCAGCCAAUGGGUCUUUCGCCCAGUUUACUGGCCUGGACCUGCAGAGUGGACUGCGUUACUACGGCAACGUACGGGCAGUCAACAAGGCUGGUUUGCACACGCUGAAAAGUAGCGAUGGCUUUGUGUUUGAAGGCACAGCACUCAUCAGCUCCUGCCAAGUUGGCUGUGACAGAAGUACGAGAUUCCCUUGUGAACCGGAGCAUGGUGCUCAUGACGGCAGUGAGAACGGGGCCGAUAAUCUGUGCCGAACUGGUUGUGGGAAUGCACAUGUUGGAGAUGUUCCAUCCCGUUCAAAGACAUGUUCCAAGCCAGGUGGUUCUUCAUGCACGAAGCAGUCUGUUUUGGCCUCUAUCUUAGCCAUAGAAAUGGAACAGCUGCAGGUUCAGCGUCAACAGGUGCAGCUGUCAGAAAGUAUGCUGCAUACCUUGGAAGAUAUCAGUGCCACCAUGCGCAUGGUACUGGCUGCUGUUUCUAACCAGCAGGGUAACAAGUAGUAUGGUCCACAAACCUUAUUACUUGUCGUCUUCACCGGAAACUGUUUUUUUAUCUCGUGUUGACAUCAGUGCUGGUUAUAUCUCUUGUGCAUUUUCUGUGUUGAUUCUUUGGCAACAUUUCUCUUAAUGGUCAUUGAAUGUCAGCAGAAAUUGGACUAUUUACUGUCUGUUUUUUAUCAAUGGAAUAUAUAAAAUUGCUUAAACUUUUUUUUUUAUAGUGGACACUUAUAUUUUAGUACUGUCUGUCAAUUUUGCCAUUUUUCUGUUUUGAGGUGUGCCUUUUUCAGAUCAGUUACUUGGUCCUAGUGGGGUAGAUGAGCUUUCCCAGCCAAAGGUUCAUAGCUCAUAUAUUAUAUACUCAAGUUAGAGGCAUAUUCCCCGUUGCAUAAUCUAUGAUGUUGCUGGCACAGAUGGAACGGCGGCAAAAUGAUUUCCGAAGUGGGGGGGGGCUGUUGUUAGUCCAUGAGGCAUCAGCCAUUAUUAGGCCGAUCCAUUAAGCCCCGCCCCAUUAUAGCACCUGCAUAACGUUGGACUCGUUGCAUUACAAUAGCCUUUCAAUGUGGCAUUUUAAUUCAUAAAUACAUUUACUUUAUUUGGAAUUCGGGCCUACAUGGCAGUUACUACAAAAAUGAACAUUUCUGCGAGAAUGCACUUAAUUUAUAAUUAUGUUUUUUCAACAAACUGAAUACAUUUCUGUUAGGCAUUGGUUCUCUGAUGACCCCAAUCAGGGUCCUUCUUGUUAAGUGUUUUAUUUAGCAUAAAUGUUACAUUCGAAACACGUAGCAAGGAAAGAUACAUGCAUACCUAAACACUCCUAGGGGUGCGGCAUUAUCUGGGCCGCGAAUGAUAAACAGGCACCCAUAAAAAAUUAAGUGACGCAAAAAAAAUGAAAAAGAGGUCAAGGUGUGUGUUUAUUUGCUUUAUGUUAUUCUUUGAAGUAUACUUACUGGCAGAUUAACCUAUCAGAUCUAAAUACAUCUUAGCUCGUCCUGUUAGAGUAUGCUUUUUCUUGUCGGAGUCCUAACCUGAAAACAAAUCUUCAUCACCUUGGACGAGUCCAAAGGAAUGCAAUCAGGUUUGUUUAGAACACCGACAGCACGUCCCCGGGAAUUAUGGAAGGCUCACUCCUGCACAAAGAGGGAAAAUGAGUGGAAUAACAAUGCUCCAUAAGAUCCCAAACAACACAACAGGUGUCCUAGCAGAGGCUUUUGUUCCUCCAAAUACCCGGUCACUCGGGACAUCAAAACAAACUAAAAAGAAAACGUAUGCCAGAACCUUCAACAGUAGU